UGCCCUGCUCUGGCCUGCCUGAGGGCGCCGGGAGCGGCAGCGAUGAGCGGCGCGGAGGGGAAGGAGGCGGCGGCCGCGGGUGACCCCGGGCGCUCGCUGGGUCCCGGUGAUGCAUCUCCAGAUGAAGGAGUUGUAGAAGAUCUGCCUUUAAUAGAUGAGAAGGCUGUGGAGCAGCUGACUGAAGGAUUGAUUUCCCACUAUCUGCCUGAUCUUCAGCGAUCAAAAUCAGCACUGCAGGAACUUACACAGAACCAAGUGGUACUGCUAGAAACAUUAGAACAAGAAAUUUCAAAAUUCAAAGAGUGUAACUCCAUCGUUGAUAUCAAUGCUUUGUUUUCAGAAGCUAAACACUAUCACAACAAGUUAGUGAAUAUUAGAAAUGAAAUGAUGAUGCUGCAUGAGAAGACAUCAAAGUUAAAAAAAAGGGCACUUAAGCUGCAACAAAAGAGGCAGAAGGAAGAGUUGGAACGGGAGCAGCAACGUGAAAAGGAACUUGAAAGAGAGAAACAGUUAACAGCAAAACCUGCAAAGAGGACCUGAAAACAGAGCAUGCAACAACUUGUCUGAAUUAAUGAUUUCUACAUUCACUGGAAUUAAGGCAGACUUUGCUUAAAUUGGGCUACAGCUGUUGCUAGCAACAGUCUACUCUGUGGUAUUAUAAAUUCCAGAAUGGUAAUAAUAGAGUUGGUAACAUUCACAUUUUUUAAUUUCAGCCAUUCAAGUUGCCUUCUUUUGUAAUGCUAUGCAGUUUGAUAUUAUAAUGUAAGUUAAUUUUUAUAUAUAUGUAUAUAGGAGAACUAGGCAUCACAGUUUUAAGUAUCUAUCCAUUUUAGUUAUCGUCUGUGCUUUUGGUGUUCAGAAUUCUGAGAGAUUUGAUGGCUGGCACAUGUUUUUCAGACAAAAUGCAGAGAACUUUUUAAAGUUCAGUUGUCACUCCAGACUUUAGCAGCUGCAUUUUCACUGAAACUGCUUUGUUUCAUGCAGUUGGGAUCUGUCUUUGAUCAUAAAUAGUGAUUUCUUGUGCAGCCUCAGUUUGAUUCAUCUCUAAAGAACUGAAGAAAAUAGCAGUGUAUUUUCUUAAAAGUUCACUUCAUUGCAGAAAUCUUUUUUUUUUUUUUCUUUUUUUUUGUCAUCAAGUAACUUAAGAACAGCUUUAAGGUAACUUCUGAAUAAGUUCCUAAGUUCCCAGCUGAAAUGAUUGGCAGGGGAGAAGCAGAACACUAAAGAUUGUCAUAAUUGAUGUGUGCACUAUGCAAAGAUUUAUGAAUUUGUGCUUUCACAAACAUUUAAGUCAAACCAGGAAACUUUUGCUUCUCUAAUGGUUUAUUAGGAAGACUUGUGUGGUCUAAGCAUAUUUUUGUGGGAUUAGAAGUUGUAAUUUCUUUAUCUUGUGUGACAAAAUAAAACAUAAACAAAACUAAA